AUGGAAGGAGUAUCAGAGAAGGACACAAUGGGUCCAAAGGACAUUUUGUUGGACGCAACUGAGAAUGAGAAAAUCUUCAAAUGGGGAAAGAAACUAACAUGGGUGACCGAUGAGGCUAAAUAUAUUCAGACGUGUCAAAUGGACCGCACCCAGCAGAUACAGGAACUUCGUUCUAGAGUAGAUGAAAGCUCCUCAGUAGAAUCUACUAGUAAAAAAGCUUUUGAAGAUGAUAUACAAAGCAGCUUGAACGCUAUUCUUGCUUCAGAUGAUAGCAGAAUAGCUGAAUUCCAGCUUACUUCUGAGGAAAAGCAGCAAAAUGUUGCUGAAAAAUGGAUACACAUGUUUCGUUCUUUAAUUGAUGAGAGGGGUCCAUGGUCUGCGAAACCUUUUCCAAAUUGUGUUGUAACACACUGGAAACUUGAUAAGAUCGAAGACACAUGGCGACGCAGGCCAAAAUUAAGGCAAAAUUACCAUUUUGACGAAAAUCUUUGUAGUCCUCUUUCUGCCAUUGGUAGUGGAGUUGCUACUCCUAUUAAUGACAGUAAUCAUGGUUUUGUGGGUAAUAUACCUGACCAAAUGAAGCAGAUCUUACUAAAAGGGAUAAGAAAAAUAACUGAUGAGGGAACUUUGGACACAAGUGAAACCAAUUCUGAAAUAAGUGGACAGAAGACACAAACUCCUGGUGAUCAUUCAGACUGCCAAUCCUCGGACUUACUGAAAGAUGUGAGCGACAGAAAGGAUAUUGCACAAGAACGAAAAGAUACUUCCUCUUCCACUGAAACAGAAGCUAGUGAGGUGCUUGUUUCUGUCCCAUGCGUUCUUGUGACCCCAAAGAGAAAAUUAGCUGGUCAUUUGGCUGUGAUGAAAAAUGUUUUACAUUUCUUUGCUCAAUUCUUGGUAGAGGGUACUGGUGGGUCAUCCGUUUUUGGAAACUUUGAUACCUCUAUUAAUUCUGAUCUCACCAUGUCCGAUGUAAAACGAAGAUCAUUUAAGUGGCCUGUUUCUGGUAUGGAUCUUCAAAAGGACACAGCAGUUGGUCAGGUAGAGCUAAUAAAUGGAAAUGGAUCUACUAAACUUUUGAGUUGUGUUAAACGCCAUCGAAGAUGGAGUGUGGCCAAGAUAAAAGCUGUUCAUUGGACGCGGUAUUUGCUCAGAUAUACUGCAAUAGAGAUUUUCUUUAGUGAUUCGGUUGCCCCAGUAUUUUUAAACUUUGCAUCGCUUAAGGAUGCAAAAGAUAUAGGAAACUUGAUAGUUACUACAAGAAAUGAGUAUUCAUUUCCCAAAGGAAGUGGAAGGGAUAAGAGUGGAUCUAUUAGUUUUGUUGAUCGGCGAGUGGCACAGGAAAUGGCAGAGACUGCCAGAGAAAACUGGAGGAGGAGGGAUAUCACGAACUUUGAGUAUUUAAUGAUUCUCAAUACACUUGCUGGAAGAUCUUAUAAUGAUUUGACCCAGUAUCCUGUUUUUCCUUGGGUCUUGGCAGACCACUCGUCAGAGGUUCUUGAUUUUAACAAAUCAUCUACUUUUCGAGAUCUCUCGAAGCCUGUUGGAGCGCUUGAUACUAAACGAUUUGAGGUGUUUGAAGAUAGAUACCGUAACUUCUGUGAUCCUGAUAUACCCAGGCAGCUCAAUCCUUGGCUUGUUGGGGAAAUUAAUCAGAUUGCUAUUACUUCCUUCCCUGCAACUGAUAGCUUAAGAUGGAGGCGUAGUUUGGAUGGAGUGUUAAAUAUCAAAGAGGCGCAUAAGUCUUUAGAUCAUCCUGGAACUUGGCAGAUUGGUCCAGAUUUAUAUGGAAAACCUGAGAGAAUUCUACAAGUUAAGUGGUACGCUCCUCAAAUUAACUGGCUCAAGGCUAAGUGGUACACCCCUGGGCCAACAUCAUGUGGUGGUAUCUUUGGAGAUGAAAGUGCUGCUUUCGCAGGAUGUUUCACUGUACAUCUUGCAUACAGGAGGAAUUCUAUGCAGUGGCAAUGGGAAUGA